AAGAGACUGAGGGAGAGAGUGGAAGGAAAGGAGGAAGAAGAGAUGGAGCUGCUGGCCUUCAGCCCAGAGAGAAGGUAUGAUGGAGCUGCUGGCCUUCAGCCCAGAGAGAAGGUCCCGGUCGUUAGACCUGGCGGGGGCGUCUCGGGGGGACAGCAGCCAGAAGAGAAGGGGGGGGAAGGUUUUCGGCAGUCUGGAGAGAGGCCUGGAUAAAGUCAUCACCUUGCUCACACCCAGCAAGAGACGAGGGCUGCGGGACAGACCACGCAGGAUCAAGGCCCAGUAUAAUGUAACGUUGACCAGUCAGACCAACCCAGACCAGGUGUUGAACCAGAUCCUCUCCAUUCUACCGGAGAAACACGUCGACUUCGCACAGAAAGGCUAUACUCUGAAGUGUCGCACCCAGGGGGACUUUGGGAAGGUGACCAUGGCGUUUGAGCUGGAGGUGUGUCUGCUGCACAGACCUGAG